UCAUUAGAUUACCCACUUCCUUUAUUUAAAUAUUAUAUUUAUUAAUUACAAAGUACAUAUAAACUGUGCAGUGGGAAUACAUACUCAGAAAAGCAAAAUGAAACUUCUCUUCAUUGUAAUUGUAAUUACAAUUUCACAGCUGCAUGCAAUCAGUCUGGAAGAAUCCCUCGUCGCACCUUACGCAAACGCACUUCAAGACAACAUUGCCAGCACGCAACUCCAACAACAGAUAAACUCCUCAAUGGCCUCGAUAGUUGCAAACAUGGCCACCUACGAUUUAUAUGCAAGAAACUUAACUUAUUAGGUCCUUGAGGAAUACCGCACUAGCAUUUCGCAGAAGGUCUCCACUUUCAAAUCAAGCGUAAGCCGCGUGCAAAGUAGAAGUCGUGCUUUUGCGAGUGAAAAAAAUAUUGUUGUAAAAUGUCUUUUAGAAGAAGGCCAGUUAGAUCUUUUAGCUGACCAAGUCAACGAACAGGUUAAGAAGUGCGCAACUGUCGCGCUGGCCGAAAUGGUGAAUGUCAUUAGUGACAGCUUAAAUGAAGCUCAGACUUUCAUGACUAUACCUCAAGUUAUUGGGAGGGAUGUCCAACGGUGUGGACUGUCCAAUAGCUGCAGAUGGGAUAUCGUUGGGGAUGCUAUUUCUCAAGCUAUUCAGGUUCCUCCUAAGGUAUUUGCACUAGCAGCGAAAAUACAGUCCAUUGCUCUGCGUACUGUAAUGUCAAUAGACAGUUGUGGAUUACAGGGAUUGCGAGGAAUUACUCAAACUGCAGUUGGUAUGCUGGAAGACAUCUUCCUCUGUAUCGGCAAUGGCUUUAAUCCUGAUAACCCUAGUACGAAUGCCAGCUUAGCAAAUUAAAGGCAAUACCUCUUUAGUGUCUGUUUUGUUUUAAUUUUUUAUAAUUAUCGUAUAGAUUUUAUGUUAAUUUUACAUUUUAAAUGGGACACACAUACGUAAAUAUUUGUGUAAUGUUUAAUACAAAUAACUGUAUAGUUUCGUUAUUCCUAUGUAUAUUUUGUCUAUAUGUACCUGUUUGUGAAUAAAUGCGGAAUAUUUUAGGGGGUGGUUG